AUGUGGACAUCUCGUUUUAAACAAUAUUCAGCUGCUCAACAGCAACAACAAAAUCAAGAUAAUCAGGAUGCAGAUAUUAACUUGGCAUUUACAAUUCCUCGUGAAUACAUUACUCCAGGAGAUCUAACAUCUGCUUCUUUAUUUCAUGGUGGUAUUGAUAGUCCAUCUGUAAAUGCAAUCGAUCCAAUAUUAAAACAGCCUAUACAUAUAACAAAAUAUCUGUGUCUAAAAUCUAAGACAAGUACUCAGCAAUAUAUAGAUCAUCUCUAUGAACGAAUAGUUAUAACAAGUAAUUUGUCUCAUCCAAAUGUUCGUCGAAUAUUAUCUUGGUAUAUUGCGGAUGCAUGUUUAUAUGCAGUAACAGGUGUUGUACAUAGAACACUACGCCAUGCAAUACAAUCGGAAUCAUUUUCAUUAGAGCGUAUUUCUUGUUUAUCGUUACAAAUUAUUCAGGGAACAAUUUAUCUACAAUCAAAAGGACUUGGUCCAUUGGCCCCAUGGUAUACGACAAAUAUUGAGUUAACUCGUGAUGAUCGUAUUCGUCUAUGUUCACCGACAAUAUCAAAAACAAAACUUAAUGGCGGAAUUGUACCGCAUCAUCAUUUAUGGCGACAUGCACCUGAAAGUUUGAUUCGAAUGAUCAUCGAGCAAGAUGAUUUAACUUGUGAUAAAACAAUUAUUGAUCAUACGAAAGAAGAUGUUUGGUCAAUAGGCUGCAUAAUAAUCGAAAUGAUGAUAAAUACAAUGUUAUUUCGUCCGCAAAAUGAUGAUCCAUCAUUACAACUUUUUUGCAUUGUUCAAUAUGUUGGCGGGUUAACAUUAUCGUUAUAUGAACGUUUUCCAUCAAAUGUAAAAAUAUUAUUUUCAAAAAUAAAACUUGACAGUCAUCAACAACGUUUACAUAAUUUAUUAAAACAAAUAAUAAAUCAAGAAACACUCAACUUGAACGAACAUCAUUUUUAUACGAAAGAAAAUUUAUUCGAUUUAUUAAAAGCAAUGUUUCAAUUUCAACCGGAAAAACGUAUUGCAUUACAUUCAUUAAGUGAACAUCCAUUUUAUUCAAUGAAUUCCUCCAUGAAAAAUUAUAAAACGCGAAUGGAUUCUUUAACAUCAAUAUUACCGCUGAAUACAUCAUCGAUUGAAAUCGAUGAUCUAAUACGUUUGUGUAUAAAAUUAAAUUUAAAACAACCUCGAUGGGUUUUAACACUUAAAGAACGUUGUUUGCUCGAAUUGAUUUUACAUAUCAAAAAUUUUAAUCUACUUAGUUUAUAUAAAUACGGGUUGAGUCCAUCACUUCAAUUAGAAAUUAAGAGACUCAUUUACUUUUUCACAAAUAAUUAG